AUGCGACGCGCGCGCGUGAGCGCUGAAGGCGCGCCGGCAGUCAACGAACGCGCGCGCGAGGCGACGGCGCAGCGCGAGCGCGGGAACGCGGCGUAUCGCGAAGGGAAAUACGCGGCGGCGAUCGAACACUACGACGCGUCGUGCGCGGUCGAGCGAAACGCGGCGGCGCUGGCGAAUCGAGCGAUGUGCUGGUUGAAGCUGGAGAAGUGGGACGCGGCGGAGGCGGAUUGCUCGAGCGCGUUGGCGCUCGACGCGGUCGCGUUCGGGGUCAAGGCGUACCAGCGACGAGGUAUGGCGCGACGGGAGAUGGGAAAGUAUUUGGAGAGUGCGAUGGAUUUCGAGGAAGCGCUGCGGUUGGAGCCGACGAGUAAGAUUUUGAAGGAGGAGCGGGCGAAGAGUCAACGCGCGUUCGAGCUCGAGGCGAAGAUACGGCCAACGCAGGCGCGCGUGAAAAUACCCGUCGAGCACGAUCGAGCGGUCGAGCGUGGUGAUGAUAGUUUAGUUGACGUCGAUAUGGGCGCAGUUGAGAACGCGGCGUCGUGCGCGCGCGAUAGCGUUGAGACGAGUCGACGCCCGGCGCCGGCGCCGGAGACCGGUCGCGACGACGAUUUGGUGAGCAAGGCGGCGGCGAUCGCGGCGAGCAAACCCGUCGUCGCUCCACGAAAUGGCGCUGAGUUCGAACGCGCGUACAGACGCGAGAUGAAAGCCGCGGCUUCGACGACAUCGGCAUCGCGUCGAGCGGAGAUUCUCAUCCUCGUCCCGCCGGACAAGUUGGAGACGAUGUUCGCCGGCGGCCUCGACCCCGACAUCCUCGCCGACGUCGCCACCAUCGCCCUCGAGCAUUGGUACGCCAAAGACGAAAACGCGUCCGCCGCUCUCGAGUGGCUCGAGCGUUUACGAGCCGUGCCUCGCUUCGCCGUCUCCGCGGCGCUUCGCCCGAGCGCCUCGUCCCGAGCGCUCGAGCGCGCUUUCGCCGCCGCGCGCGCCACCGCCGCGCGCGACGCGCGCGCGACGGCUCGCCUCGAGGCAUUACGCGAAGCCUUUCGCGUUUUAGCUUAG